AUGGAGCCCCGGGCUGCCGCGGGGGGCGAGCCCGAGCCUGCGGCGGCGUCCUCCUCCUUCCAGGCCCGGCUCUGGAGGAACCUGCAGCUGGGGGUGGGCAGGAGCAAGGGCGGCGGGGGCGGACGCGCGGGGUGUCCCGAGCGUCGCACUGCGGACACCCCUUCGGCCUCCCCGCCGCCCCCGGGGGCCCCGCGGGACGCCCUGGCCGGCGUGGGUGGCGCGGGCAGCAGGUGGAGCGGCUUCAAGAAGCGGAAACAGGUGCUGGACCGAGUGUUCUCCUCCUCCCAGCCCAACCUGUGCUGCUCCUCGCCGGAGCCCCUGGAGCCGGGUAGCGCCGGCAGAACGGCGCAGAAGUCCACGCUGCGCCGCCGGAUCCGCGAGCAUUUGCUCCCCGCCGGAAAGGGGCUCGCGACAGCCGCGGGAGCAGCCGGAGUGACGCCUCCUGGCGGACGCUCGCCGGACUCGGCUCCUUCGUCGUCCUCUGCCUCAUCUUCCCUGUCCUCCUCGCCCCAGCCGCCCCCUAGGGGAGACCGGGCCCGAGAUGAACGCGCACGGCAAAGGGGCCCCGGGGCGCACUUGUGCCACCAGAAGAGCUCCUCUCUGCCAGGAACUGCCUGCCUGGAACAGCUGCUGGAGCCACCACCGCCACCCGCAGAGCCCGAGCGGAGCCCGGCGGAGCCGCGGACCUCGGAGAAGGGCGAAGAGGGCGACGGCAGCCAGAAAACAAACACUGCUGGGGCCAGUGAUGCAGACACCCCAUUGGCAGACCCCGGAAUGUACCAGUUGGACGUUACAUUAAGAAGGGGCCAAAGUUUAGCUGCCCGGGAUCGAGGAGGGACAAGUGAUCCAUACGUGAAGUUUAAAAUUGGAGGAAAAGAAGUUUUUAGAAGUAAAAUAAUACACAAGAACCUCAACCCUGUGUGGGACGAGACGGCUUGCCUUCUUGUUGAUCAUCUGAGGGAGCCCCUGUACAUAAAGGUAUUUGACUAUGAUUUUGGACUACAGGAUGACUUUAUGGGCUCAGCCUUUCUGGAUCUUACACAGUUGGAGUUAAACAGGCCCACAGAUGUAACCCUCACUCUGAAGGAUCCCCAUUAUCCCGACCAUGAUCUUGGGAUCAUUUUGCUCUCUGUGGUUCUUACCCCUAAAGAAGGAACGUCCAGGGAUGUGACAAUGCUAAUGAGGAAGAGUUGGAAAAGAUCAAGUAAGGAACUCUCAGAAAAUGAAGUGGUUGGAUCUUAUUUCUCUGGGAAGUCUUUCUUUUGGAGGACACGUGGCAGGCCUGUUCUCCCUGUGCUGGGCUUGUGCAGAGCAGAGCUUCAGAGUCCUUAUUGCCAAAACAUACAAUUUCAGACCCAAAGUUUACGUCUGUCCGACCUACACAGAAAGUCCCACCUCUGGAGAGGGAUCGUCAGCGUCACCCUGAUUGAGGGGCGGGCCCUCAAGGCCAUGGACUCCAACGGGCUGAGCGACCCCUACGUGAAGUUCCGCCUCGGGCAUCAGAAGUACAAGAGCAAGAUUAUGCCCAAAACUCUGAAUCCUCAGUGGAGGGAACAGUUUGAUUUUCAUCUCUAUGAAGAAACAGGAGGAAUCCUUGAUAUCACUGCUUGGGACAAAGAUGCUGGGAAGAGGGACGAUUUCAUCGGCAGGUGCCAGGUGGACCUGUCGGCGCUCAGCAGGGAGCAGACGCACAAGCUGGAGCUGCAGCUGGAGGAGGGCGCGGGGCACCUGGUGCUGCUGGUGACCCUGACGGCCUCGGCCUCGGUCAGCGUCGCCGACCUGUCCCUCAGCGCCCUGGAGGACCAGACGGAGCGCGAGCAGAUCCUGAGGAGAUACGGUCCACUGAGGAUAUUUCACAACCUGAAAGAUGUGGGAUUUCUCCAAGUGAAAGUCAUCAGAGCAGAAGGGCUGAUGGCUGCUGAUGUAACGGGUAAAAGUGACCCAUUUUGUGUCGUAGAACUGAACAACGAUAGACUUCUGACACACACUGUCUACAAAAACCUCAGUCCUGAGUGGAACAAAGUCUUCACGUUCAACAUUAAAGAUAUCCAUUCAGUUCUUGAAGUGUCAGUUUAUGAUGAAGAUCGGGAUCGAAGUGCUGACUUUCUGGGCAAAGUUGCUAUACCAUUGCUGUCUAUUCAAAAUGGUGAACAGAAAGCCUACGUCUUGAAAAACAAGCAGCUGACAGGGCCAACAAAGGGGGUCAUCUAUCUUGAAAUAGAUGUGAUUUUUAAUGCUGUGAAAGCCAGCUUACGAACAUUAAUACCCAAAGAACAGAAGUACAUUGAAGAGGAAAACAGACUCUCUAAACAGCUGCUACUGAGAAACUUUAUCCGAAUGAAGCGCUGUGUCAUGGUGCUGGUGAACACUGCUUACUACGUCAAUAGUUGCUUUGACUGGGAUUCACCCCCAAGGAGUCUGGCUGCUUUUGUGCUCUUUCUCUUUGUUGUCUGGAACUUUGAGCUCUACAUGAUACCACUGGGUCUGUUGUUGCUACUGACAUGGAACUACUUCUUGAUAAUAUCAGGGAAAGAUAACAGGCAACGUGAUACGGUAGUGGAGGACAUGCUAGAGGACGAGGAAGAAGAAGAAGACAAAGAUGACAAGGACAGUGAAAAAAAGGGAUUUAUAAAUAAAAUCUAUGCCAUCCAGGAGGUAUGUGUCAGUGUCCAGAACAUCCUAGAUGAAGUGGCUUCCUUUGGCGAAAGGAUAAAGAAUACUUUCAACUGGACUGUCCCUUUCCUGAGCUGGCUGGCCAUUGUAGCUCUCUGUGUGUUCACAGUGAUCCUGUACUUCAUUCCGCUGAGAUACAUUGUCCUUGUCUGGGGCAUCAAUAAAUUUACAAAAAAGCUUCGGAGUCCGUAUGCAAUUGACAACAAUGAACUACUUGACUUCCUUUCCAGAGUCCCUUCAGACGUACAAGUGGUGCAAUACCAAGAGCUGAAACCAGAUCCCUCUCAUAGCCCAUAUAAAAGGAAGAAAAACAAUCUUGGCUAGCCUGCUCCCAGCACUGAGGAGACCAGCAUCUGCAUGGGGAGAUGAAAGAAAAAGCCUUUAGCCUCAGCAGUGUUUCCUUUCUUUCUGCUUUUUAUUUAUUUUGCCUUUUUAUCAUGAUUGAGAGAAUUUGUAAAUAGUGUACAAAGGGAUAUGUCUUUGAAAAUAUACUUCUAUUGUACAGACUCAACUUGAAAAAGGUUUAGCGACUGCUGUGUGAAAGCCUGUUAGCUGUGGAUGAUAACACAACACACUGAAGGAACAAACGCUAAGAACAGUAACAGGGGAGGUACACAUUGCUCUAAUUACAAGUGGAAGAACCAGUGUAUUAAAUAUUCAACUGUGCGCUGAUUAAAUCUACAUAAAUAGU